UUCUACUGCACAUUUUGUACACAAUGGAGGAUAAAAACGUUUCUGGAGGUACCGCGACGGUGGAAAAUGCGGCGACAAAUUCGUCGCCCGCAAAAAAGUCUGCGAAAUCAAAGGCAAAGGCUCAACGUUCGAAGGCGUCCCAUCCACCGACAUCGGAGAUGGUGAAUGCCGCCAUCAAAGAGUUGAAAGAUCGUAAAGGGUCGUCACUUCAAGCCAUCAAGAAGUACAUAGCAUCUACGUAUAAGGUCGAUGGCGAAAAAUUGGCGCCAUUUAUCAAGAGGUACUUGAAAACCGCCGUGACUUCUGGUGCUGUAGUGCAAACCAAGGGAAAGGGCGCCUCUGGCUCCUUCAAACUCUCCACGUCUUCGAAGGGCUCGGAAUCCCCUAGGAAGGUAAAACGUGCCGUGAAGAAGACUGAAUCUGCCGCAGCUGAAAAGAAGCCUGCGGAGAAGAAACCAGCGAGUCCGAAGAAACCGGCCGCUGCAAAGAAAGCUGCUGCCGUUAAGAAACCAGCCGCUGCUGCCAAGAAACCUUCUUCCCCGAAGAAGGUUAAAACUGCUGCUGCCAAAAAGGCGGCAGAGUCUCCGAAACCGAAGGCAGCUCAACCCAAGAAUCUGUCGAAAACAAAGAAAGCCACAAAAGCUCCAGCAGCGAAGACGAGAACGCCAAAACCAAAAACAGCAAAAUCGCCAAAAGUUGCACGAGCAGCGGCGAAAAAGUAAAUUCAAUGAUGAAAACAUACCAAAUGGCCCUUAUCAGGGCCACAAA